GUAUACCAUUUCCUUUCCAGAGUUGUUGAAGUUCAGUGAGAAAUGGGUGACUUGGAGGAGUCGAUGUCUGACUGCAGUGUGGAUUCGAAUAAACUACCACCAAUGCCGCCAUUGAUGAAGUCGAAGAGGAAUAUGCACGACCAAACUUCUAGAGAGCAUGGUCCAUCAUCCAUUCCACCAUAUCCUGCGUCCAACCUUUUAGAGAAAAACAUGGAGAAAGUGUCGUGGAUGAGAUCUGCUACACUGGUAAAGAGAGAGGACACGAGUAACAUACCCCCUGAGUAUACCAGCAACCUAAUUCCUGUUUCUACUCCGCCAUUGAUAAAAUGGACGAGGAACACGAUUCACUCAGGCAGCACUUCUAACCGUCGGCCAGCUUUCGAACAGACAUUUCGGACAGCCAACGAAAGCGAAAGGGAUGAAACAAUUUCUAGUGCACCUUCUGAAAUGGAAGACGUGGUGCACUGGACUUCAGCGGUCAGCGGGUAUGAGAAACGUGCACCACUUGUGAGAUCAUAUCCUCAGUUUGAAAUGGACUUAACUCCAGCCACAGCGUCAAAUACUGGAGUGUCCGCUGGAAGAACACCUGAAAUAUGGGAGAAACCUGAUGAGUGUGAAAUGCCAGUCGGACACAGGCGUCCUAUCCGACCAUAUUCUGACUCUUCUAAGGCUGUGGCUCAGAAUCAGGUUUCACAAAAGCGUUCUAAGAAUAAGACCUCGCAAAGGUGUCAGUAUUGCCAAAAAGAGUUCAAAAAAGUAUCUCACCUCCGCGUGCAUGAACGUGUUCACACUGAAGAUCGACCAUUCAAGUGUGAUGUAUGCGGGAAGUCUUUCAUUCAGUCAUACAGUCUCAGUGCUCAUAAACGUACUCAUACUGGAGAUCGACCAUUCAAGUGUGAUGUAUGCGGGAAGUCCUUCACUCAGUCAGGCAAUCUAGGUGUUCAUAAACGUAUUCAUACUGGAGAGAGACCGCACAAGUGUAAGAAAUGUGGGACAUCGUUCACAACAUCGUCCCAUUUACGCAGACAUAAACGUAUCCAUUCUGGAUAAAGACUUUUACGUGCAAGACAUGUGUAAAGGCAUUAACACAGGCAUCCCAACUACAUGACCAUGAACGUAUACAUAUAGGAGAACGUCCAUAUGGAUGCAGAAUGUGGCCAAAUGUCUUCAGAACAACGUAAAGUUUUCGUGGACACAAGUGUU